AUGGUGCACAUUAAAGAUUGCAGUGGAAUUGACUUGUUGUCGGGAACUAGUUCUGAAUCCAAAGGCAGCGACUACUCGAUAGACGAAGAGAAAAUAGUCAAGAAACGGAAUAAAAAUGCGAAAGAUGCUGGCAGUAAUGUCUGUGGUUUAAAUGCUAAUUUGACGUCUGAAGAAUUCUUUUCAUUUGGCGAGAACACUAGUAGCGAUAAUAAUAUGGACGAGGAAUUGGAAAAAUGGAUUGUCGCACCAAGGAUUUCAACAAGUUUUUCAUAUGGCGAGGAUAGAUCUCUACAUUCAUCGAAAACAACGAAAAAUAAGGAAAGGACAAAACAGUUUCAGAUGGAAAUUUUUUUUGCAUCGAUCAUUGAAAUGCUGUGCGACGGUGAAUUUGAGGGUUUGAAUAUUCAGUUUCGGGAAGUUUUGAGGCAGGUUGCUGGACACUUUAUCCAUUCUUCAUAUCUCUCCGAAGAUUAUGGAGCAUUUCGCAUCGCAAUUAGGAGGAGAAUAACGGAAGCUUUGAAUGCUGCUACAAACCUGAAAAUCGGAAAAAGUUUAACCGUUAAUAAUCCUGAAAAAAGGAAUUAUUUUUUAUCCAGCCGAUAUAGCGUCGAUUUCAAAGAAAUCAGGAGCAUUGGACGUGGAGGCUUUGGAGAAGUUUUUCAUGUACAUUCUAAUAUUGAUGAUUGCGAUUAUGCUAUAAAAAAAAUUCAGUUCAACUUGAGGAUGUCUAAGCCGGUGGCGAAAAUUGUCAAUGAAGUUCGCUUGCUAGCAGUUGUUCAACACAGGAAUAUUGUGCGAUAUUAUGGAGCUUGGCUGGAGUUGCAAGAUCUACAAACAUCGUCAUGCGAAGAUAAGGAUGAAUAUUCUAAUGAAGAGGAGGAAGUUGUUCAGAAGAAUUCAUCUAAAGAAGAAAGAAAAACUAUUUCUUUGGCAGUUAAUGAUUACUCAAAACUUGCUCAGAUGGCUGGGAAGGGUAAUUCCAGAAAGGAAUUUAGCACAAUUCCUGUAAAACGAGAUCGUUUUUGGACGCAGGAAUCUCCAUUCAUUUCGAGUUCAACGGUUUCAAGAGGGUGGAAAAUGAAUCAGAGUGUUUCUCCCAAUGAAAGCUUAACGAUUGCAAGAGGAAGUGCGAGGACUGAUCCAGUAAAUCUAAUGCUACCUCACUCGGGUACUGCAGUUAUGUUUGUACAGAUGGAACUUUGUUCACGCACUCUAAAUGAUUAUUUUGCUGAACGAAAUGCCGAAAUCAGGCCGAAAAUAGAUCGACAGCUGAAUAGAAACAUUAUGAAGCAACUAAUGUCUGCCGUGACUCACUUACAUUCCAAAAAAAUUAUCCACCGAGAUAUCAAAAUUUUGCUAGGAAAAUUAAGUAUCUGGCCCAAUUGUGCUGCAGUUACUGAAAGUGAGACAACAACUACACACAGCUUAGGUGUUGGUACUUCCGUAUACGCAGCACCCGAACAACAGAAUUCUACUGUAUACGAUAGUGCAGUAGAUAUCUACAGCGCUGGAAUUGUGUUUUUUGAACUAUGUAUUCCAUUUGGUACACAAAUGGAGCGAUUAGAAGCUAUUGGGGAAUUGAAGAAAGGAAAACUAACCGAGGAAUUCAAUACUUCUUUUCCCGACGAGGCUAAUUUGAUUAAAGAAAUGUGUAAAGAAGAUCCACAGGAACGAAUUCAUGCUUUUGAAAUUACCUCUAAACUUGGUAAAAUUGGAGAAAAUGUGGAAUCUCUUAAGAAUCGUAUCGAAGAACUUGAAAAAGAAAUUGUACGACUGAGGAACCUUUUACUCGAUAAUAAUAUUACGGAAAUUUGA